GCCCGAUGACGCGAAGGUGGCCAGCAUUCGUGAUUGGCCACGUCCUCAGUCUGUGACUGAGAUGAGAUCUUUCUUAGGAAUGACAGGCUACUAUGGGACUUUCGUUAAGAACUAUAGCAUAGUGGCCGCUCCUUUGACUUAUCUGACCCGCCUUGACACCCCAUGGGAAUGGACAGAUGAGUGCGAGGUUGCUUUCAGACAUCUGAAGCAUGCGUUGACGCACUAUGAGGUCUUGAAACUUCCUGAUCCUGAUAAGCCGUUUAUUGUCACCACGGAUGCCAGCCAAUAUGGCAUUGGCGCCGUGCUCGCGCAGCAGGAGGGGCCAAAGUUGAGGCUUGUGGAGUACAUGUCCAAGAAAAUGCCGUCUCAGAAGUUGGCUAAGUCCACCUAUGAGAAGGAACUCUAUGCGGUGUACAAGGCUCUGACCCAUUGGAGGCACUCUCUCCUUGGGAGGUUCUUCAUCCUCAGGACUGAUCGUCAGACCCUGAGAUGGAUGAGAACUCAGCCGGUGCUCUCUAACGCUCUCAAGCGUUGGAUCGAAGUCAUUGAGCAAUAUGACUUUGACCUUCAGUAUCUGAAAGGGGAGUACAAUAAGGUUGCUGAUGCCUUGUCGCGUAGACCUGAUUUCUCAGGUGCGCUGAUUACUAAGUGCGAUAUGACGGACAAUGUCACUCAGUCCUUGGUGGAAGCCUAUGGCGAGGACCAGUUCAUGUUUGAAUUGAGAUGCGAGGCUGCUUUCAAAGAUCUAAAGCAUGCGUUGGUGCAUCAUGAGGUCUUGAAACUUCGUGAUCCUGACAAGCCAUUUAUAGUAACUACGGAUGGUAGCCAGUAUGGCAUAGGCGCCGUACUUGCACAACAAGAGGGGGAAAAGUUGAGGCCAGUAGAGUACAUGCCCGAAAAGAUGCCCUGUCAGAAGUUAGCUAAGUCCACCUAUGAGAAGGAGCUUUAUGGGAUCUAUAAGGUGCUCACCCAUUGGAGGCAUUAUCUCCUUGGGAGACUGUUCAAAGAGAACUGGGUAAGAGAUUUUGGUCUACCCAAGUCAAUCGUGAGUGACAGGGAUGUCAGAUUUACAAGCGAGUUGUGGAAGGCUGCUGCUUCCGAACAGGGAACGCAGCCGGAGAUGACUUCGGGUAAUCACCCCGAGGCCAAUGGCCAGGCCGAACAAUUGAAUCGCGCUGUCCAACACCUGUUGCGGCAUUACAUCAAGCCCAACCAGGUCGACUGGGACGAGAAGCUUGCUCUCAUCGCGAGUCUGUAUAACAAUGCUGUGCACAGCGCCACCGGAGUGAACCCUAACAGUCUGCUACUGACCUUCAAACCCAGACUGCCUCUAGACUUCUUACUACCUGAAAAUCAGUCAACUGCUGCACCCGAUACUUUAGAAUUUGCAUACCGAUAUCAGCAGAAGAUGCAGCAGGCAGUGGAACAAAUGCAGAAGGCUCAGGCGGCAAUGACAGAAUCUGAGAAAAAACAUCGUCGCCCGUCUACAUUUCAGGUUGGGGACAAAGUCUGGGUUAAGUCCUCAGAACUGGGACAGGAGCACGAGAUUUCCCGCAAGCUCAUGUCUCAGUACUUUGGGCCAUGGGGGGUCUUAGACAUUGUCGGGACUGAUCCGGAUGGGCCGUCUUAUGUAAUCAGGAUCCCUGGUCAUCUCCGCACCUAUCCCGUCUUUCACGCCUCCAAACUUGCACCUUUCAAGGAAACAGACGAGUUUCCUUCUCGACGCUCGAUGCUGCCCCCAACCAUGGACGGAGAAGUGGAUAUUGAUGACUUCGUGGCCCAGAGGGAGCUGCCAGUUCCAAGACCAACAGGCAGGGGACAUCCUCCGAAACCGAAGCUGCAGUACCGCGUUCGGUUCUGGCAUCAUAUUGAUCCAAAGGAGGACCCCUGGUUCACCAGGGAGGAACUCAUGCAGACCGCUCCUCAAGUCGUAGCUCAAUACGAAAAAGCUCUGCAGAAGGGAAAGCGCCAGAUCAUUGAAGAUUGAACUUCUCAGAGGACUACCGAAGUUAUGGAGGACAGAAUGCGAGGCUAAAGCCCUGAUGUGC